CAGCGGGUGCCGAUGAGUUUUGUUUUGUCAUUUUUCUCAAAUACUUUUGAUAAUUUUGUGUAUUUUUCCUCUUCAUAAGUUGUUUCAUUUAUACGAUUGCAAUUGAUACAUUCUGUAAAUAUAUUUGUUAUUUUUUGUUUUCGACCUCUCCACUUCUAUUCACAGUCAAAAUUCGAUCAUGGCAAGCUCGAGCAAUGAAGGUGAAACAAGCUCCAAGUCUGUUGAUAAAGAUAUUCAUAAAAGCAAUGGACUCCUGCUUUAUUCCAACAAACACUCGUUCUAUUCCCAGAAAGUAAUCAUGGCCUUGUAUGAAAAGAAAGUGCAGUUCAAAACAAAAUCAGUUGAUCUUCUACAAGGUGAACAAUUCCACCCGUGGUUUAUUGAAAUGAAUCCUCUGUGCCAAGUACCUAUUUUGAAAGAUGAAGGGAAAAUCAUCCCUGAUUCUUCAAGGAUUAUAGACUAUUUGGAAGAUAAUCUCAGCAACGGUCAACCUCGAUUGGUGCCCAAUGAUCAAGGAUCAGAAGUGAAGGUAAAAGUUAUCCAGUAUCGAGAUCUUUUGGAUGAAGUGCCCAUUGGUUUGUUGACAAAGGGCUCAUUCUUCCACCCAGAAUUUCUGAAAAACACGAUGCCUCCCUUCGUUGGAGCUUAUAGAACCAAAUUCCAUGAAUCAUUUUUGAAAAAAGCAGAGGCACUUCGAGGACUGGCAACUUCAGACUCAAAUAGCAAUAUCAAAGAAAUUUUGCUAGGAAAAGCUGAAAAGCAUGAGGAAGAGCUAGCAAAAUGUAUGGACAAGGAACUGUAUAAGAGCACUUUAGAUGAUGUUGACUUAGUUCUAGAUGAAAUUGAAAAAGAACUAUUUAGUCAUGAUGAAAUGGAUGAUUGGUGGCUUUGCUCUGACAGGUUCACCGUAGCAGAUAUAUCAUUGAGCUUAUUACUGCAUCGGCUUAAUAGUAUAGGCUUAUCUCAUCGAUUUUGGGGAAAUGGAAAACGCCCUCUUUUAGAAAACUACUUCAACCGGGUCACACAGAGAGAGUCUUUCAUCAAAACAAUUCCAUCUUUACAAUCGCCCCCCAGUUUGGAUUUAAGUUCUCAACUUCUGGUAGGUUCAGUUGUUUUCCUUGUAGUUGUAACAAUUUUCUUCUAUUUCAAGCGGAAAUCUAAAUGAAAGUCCUUCAUUGGUUGAGGAUUGGUUUAUGAAAGGGUCUUAGUCUAAACGCUAACACAAGUUGAUAUUUAUUAUAUUGUUCAAGAGAAUAUUUUUUUAAGCAACAUACUUUUGAAGUUUUUUAUUUUUUUAAAUUUUGGAAGCCUUGAUGGUUUUAAGUUAAUGAACUGCUUGUUCAUUGCUAUUAAUGUGCAUUUUUAAGUUUUUUUUGUUGUAUUUGUGAUAAUAGUUGAUUAGAGUUAUCUAUCCGAAAAAUUUAAGCAGUUGAUGAAAAAUUGAUUGAAUUUUAUUCACAGCAAGUACAACGAUUGAAUUUAACAGCUUCUUUGAAAAAAGGGUGUAUACACUGUAGAUAUUUCGCAGUACUUAAGCUCUUUUUCACAAAGGCAGUUAAAUGUUGCAAUAUUAGUAAAUUUUGUUUUUACAAUCAAAAGUUUGUGAAAAUUCUGUUUGUUUUUAGUAGGCCAUUAAAGUUGUUCAUUGGAAAGUUGA